GUGAGAGAUCGACCGGGACAUCAGUCAGACAUCCUACCUUCAUCCCAUCCAACACCAGCAGCAGCGAUGCCUAACUCCGUGAUACCCCUGUGCGUCCUGGGACUCCUCGCGCUCUCCUCCGCGUGCUACAUUCAGAACUGCCCUCGAGGAGGGAAGCGAGCCCUGCCGGAGACUGGGAUCAGACAGUGCAUGUCUUGUGGCCCCAGAGACAGGGGCCGCUGUUUUGGCCCCAGUAUCUGUUGUGGAGAGGGUCUCGGCUGCUUGCUGGGCUCCCCAGAAACAGCCCACUGUGUGGAGGAGAACUACCUGCUCACCCCCUGCCAGGCGGGAGGGAGACCCUGUGGAUCUGAGGGCGGACGCUGCGCUGCCUCAGGAGUCUGCUGCAACUCAGAGAGCUGUGUGGUGGACUCCGACUGCCUGGGGGGGAUUGAGGCCUCAGAUCCUGCCGACAAUCAUGCAGGGAGCUCGGCUGCAGACAUGCUGCUGCGACUGCUGCAUGUGGCCAACAGAGGACAGACUGAGUACUAGACUGAUACUGACAAAAUGCAGAUCAUUCAUGUUCCAAUUUAAGCCUAGAGAUAAAACCUUGAACCAAUAAAAACCCACUUCAAUGUUAUUUCACUCUUAUUCCCUCCUGCUGGGAUUUUUCUUUAUGUUUAAGGACCAUUUAAGAUCCCAUAGGGAGAAUAAUUUCAACUAAAGUAAAUUACUCUUCAUCCAGAUGAAGAGGUAAAUUCAAGUAUGGCUAUAUGUAUGAAAUGACUAGAAUAUAUGUUUAUUUCCAAUUUAGAAAUGUAUAUAUUUAUGCACAUAGUGUAAACAAAAUUCUAUUCUAUAACAUGCCUGAGCGAUAACUUCAGUUACUUGUGUUAAAGCAGGGAACACUGUAAAUAAGACGUAGAGCGACAUCCAUGUGAAACAGCUCAGUUGAAAUGCUGGAGCAGUUACUUUUUGUGUUGUAGAAAAUUUAAAAUCUCCGAAAAUACAGAAUUAAUCACUGCCAAAACA